AAAACCAGUCUCAAGUUCACUAACCAAGAAGCAAGACAGAGAGAAAAUGUCAACUACUUCGCUGGGUUCCUCUGCUCUUAUUCAAUCUAAAAUUGAUGGCUUUUCUGCAGAAGGACUUCGUCUUCCAAAGCUAUCAUUCUCUCCCUCUAACUUACCUAACUUCUCAAGAAGAAAGUCUCAAGCUGUUGUGAAGGCGACUUCUCGAGUGGAUAGAUUCUCUAAAAGUGACAUCAUUGUGUCCCCAUCAAUUCUCUCUGCCAACUUUGCAAAAUUAGGAGAACAGGUAAAAGCAGUGGAGUUGGCUGGGUGUGACUGGAUUCAUGUCGACGUAAUGGAUGGUCGUUUUGUUCCAAAUAUUACAAUUGGACCUCUCGUGGUUGAUGCUUUGAGACCCGUAACAGAUCUUCCAUUGGAUGUACAUCUGAUGAUUGUUGAACCUGAUCAGAGAGUACCAGAUUUUAUCAAGGCUGGAGCUGACAUUGUUAGUGUUCAUUGUGAACAAUCCUCCACAAUCCAUUUGCAUCGUGCAGUUAAUCAGAUUAAGAGCCUUGGAGCCAAGGCAGGAGUUGUCUUGAACCCUGCUACUCCCUUAAGUACAAUUGAGUACAUCCUUGAUGUGGUAGACCUAGUCUUAAUCAUGUCAGUGAACCCGGGAUUUGGUGGUCAGAGCUUCAUUGAGAGCCAAGUAAAGAAGAUCGCAGAGUUAAGGAGAUUGUGUGUAGAGAAGGGAAUUGAUCCCUGGAUUGAAGUAGAUGGUGGAGUAGGCCCCAACAAUGCAUACAAGGUUAUCGAGGCAGGAGCAAAUGCUCUGGUGGCUGGUUCUGCUGUCUUUGGAGCUAAAGACUAUGCUGAAGCUAUUAAAGGAAUAAAGACCAGCAAAAGGCCAGCUGCUGUUGCAGUAUAAAUUUCUAGAAUCUUCCAUUUGAAUCUUUGAUGGUCAAUAUGUAGUUUCAUCCUACUGUUCCCCUCCUUGAGAUAUCCUGGUUAGUUGGAACUUUGGCAACCAGCUUAGGACGUGUUGGAGCUAAGGAGAUGCGAGAUACUUGCUUUUAAUUGUUUUUGCCUAUGAAAUAGAAAAUGAAAAUGCACUUUGUGCCAUAAAUAUUCUAUUGUAUCAUAUCUUGAAAAGAAAUGUAUAUUUUUUUCAAAAUAAGUUCAUCUAUCUGUCUAUCCAUUCUUCAUUCUCGA